CGAAUCCAAAAAUAAAAACUAAUCAAGUCAAUAUAUGUCUCCUUCUUCACGUCUUCUCCUCCUUCAUACCUUCCUUCUUCAUCUGAGAAGAAGAAUAAGACUUCACUGAUUCUCUCUCUCUCUCUCUGUCUUUCUCCAUGGAUUCAAGAGCUAUCCUUGAUUCUGCUUUGUUUCAACUCACUCCUACUCGUACCAGAUUUGAUCUGGUGCUGUUCUGUGGGGGUAAGAAGGAGAAGUUAGCUUCUGGGAUAUUCGAACCCUUCAUCUCCCAUCUUAAGUUCGCAAGAGAUCAAAUCUCCAAAGGCGGUUACUCCAUUUCUCUUCAUCCUCCCACCUCUCACUCUUCUUGGUUCACCAAAUCCACUUUUGAUCGGUUUGUGAGAUUCGUGAACACGCCGGCGAUUAUAGAGAGAUUCGCGACUUUGGAGAAAGAGAUCUUGCAGGUUGAACAUUCUAUUCAAGCUAAUGAGAUCGCAAAUGCUGAGCUAUUACAAGAUGGGAGUAGUAAUGUAAGAAAGUCCAGUGAGUCCUCAAAGAGGGAGUCUGAAAAUGGCAAUGGGGCAGAAGAGGAAACCUCAAAGAUUCAGCUUCAACGUCUUCUUGAAACCAGAAGAACAUUGCUUCGGAGAGAACAAGCUAUGGCCUAUGCACGAGGGGUUGUUGCUGGUUACGAAAUUAAUACUAUUGAUGAUCUCAUACUCUUCGCUGAUGCUUUUGGUGCCUCAAGGUUAAGAGAAGCAUGCGUAAAGUACAAGGAACUAUGGAAGAAGAAGCACGGAGACGGGCUUUGGAUGGCAGAACUAGCAGCUGUUAAAGCAAUUGCACCUGAAGACAUGUCGUUACUAGGUUCCUCAGGGAUUAUCCUCACCAACGAAGCUGCUCCUCUUCCACUAAACGGGACACACUCUUCCGAAAACAAAGACCAACACGCAUCUGCUGUUCCAAACUUUCAACCACCAAUGGGAUGGCCGAACCAUAUACCUCAGUACUAUUACCCGCCUCCGUAUCAAGGCUAUCCUUACCCUAUGAUGCAACCUAUGCCAGGGCAACAAAACCAAGGAAACAUGCCGUGGCCUUCAAAAGGCAAAUCUUCCAAGAAGAAAGGAGAUCAUUCUGAUGGAGAUGAGUCUAGUGAAUCUAGUGAGUCUGACUCGGCAAGUGACGAUGAUUCCGCUUCGUCUUUGGAAGAUCAAGGUAAAAGACAUAAGAAAACUUCUCGUCGGUCGUCAAAGAAAAACAGGAAGAAGGCAUCUAAAACUGUGAUCAUCCGUAACAUUAACUACAUAACUCCUGAGGGAAGACACGGAGACAUGGAGGGGAGUGAGUUCACUGAGAACGGUUCCAUCAAGGAGAACAGAGCUUAUGAGAGUGAUGAGAUCCUGAAGAUCUCAGAUGAAGGAAAAAGAAGCAGUGAGAAUUGGGAUUCUUUUCAGAAUAUUCUGAUGAGGAACGAGGAGGGCUCAGAUGUUCAUUCGAUGGAGGAGCAUUUCACACACAGAGGGUCUAAAGGUUUGCUAGACAGUAACAAUGCCUCUGGUGGUGAUUCCAUCGUUUUAACUCAGAAAAACGUAGAAAACGGAGGAGGCGGAGCGAGCUUUGAUCAUUUUGGAAGUGAGGAGAAUGGUCGCAGGGUUUCAAGAACAGAAGAAUGUAUUUUAUUGCUAAAAAGAUCAGAAAUGGUAGGAGGUGAUGAGAGCAAAGACUUGUAUAAUGAUGCUACAAGGGGUGACUCGUUAGUGAAGAAGUCAGGGAGUGGAGAGGAUUGGUUCACUGCUUCUGAUCACCGUGGAGUGAAAAAAACAGAAAGCAGUUACGGGAGUAUGUCGUUUGAUGAAAGUUUGAUGGUGACAUCUGGAGGUGGUUCUGAUCAGAGCAAGAAACAGGAGUUCGUUGAUGAUUCCUUCAUGGUCCAUUCAUCGAGGCAUACUGGUGAUGAUGUUUACGACUCUCGGUGGAGACCGGACAUGUCUGCUGAUAUCGACGUCGAUAACGGUCAGGCGAAUGAGAAGCGUGAAGUGUCUGGCUCAUGGGAACCAAACGACCUCUGUAUGAUUCCUGAACGCGACUCGGGAGAGUUUUUGGAUAAUGAUCACUCCAUUGACUUCUCUGUGGAAGCGAACGCAAGGCUAACGAGUAACGGAACAGCUCAGGAGAAAGAAGAAAAGACAGUCUCAAGCGGCGAGAAGAAAACUAAUGGGAAGAACCCGGAAGCUCGUAAGUCUAGGACUCCAGUUAGAAACAGAGGUGAAACCAUGUCCAAGAGUGUAAAGAAACCGGUAGCAGCUAGCAGAACAAUGGCACAGAAGAACAAGUUUGAAAAGGAAGAAGAGAUGAGGAAGAGAAUAGAGAAUCUUGUUUUGGAAAGGCAGAGAAGAAUCGCUGAGAGAUCAGCCGCCACUGCAUCUCGAAAAGCUUCGAACCGAGCUCCUUCGGUUCGUGAAAGGACCACAUAAGAGGUUCAAGUAAAAGACAUUGGAUUCAGUUAAAACCGUUGAAAACAAAAAGGGAUGUUCUGCUGCGCCAACUUUAGGUGUACUUCAAUUUUUUUUAAUACAUUCAUAAAUAAGUAAGGUGAUGGUGAUGGUGAUUCUGAUACUCCUUCAUUUUGCAUGUGUCACGAUUAUUUGUUUAUUAAUUUGUUUUUUUCUGAAUAUUGGUUUGUAAUUAUAUAUUUGUAAUUUGGAUUAGAGGUGCUCCACCCAAAAGUGACAAUUUAAUACAUCCCAGUUUGUUUCAUUUAA